ACCCUGACGUGUUUUUACAGGAAAGAUGUGUGGGAAAACCCGAUUUCUGAAUUCAUAGAGUUUUGUCUAAUUUGUUCUUUGGUUUAUGUUUUCUUUUAUUGUCUGCAUGUUCCUCUUUCUGUCUGUGCUUUUCCUCUGUUCCUGUUCGGUUACACCCUUCUCCAUAACGAAUGCCUCUGUCAGUAAACACAUAUUGCAAGUGAUCUUGACUGUCCACAGGGAAAGCCGGGAACACUAUACAGACUGGUGAGCACCAGCUUUCACUGAGCCAACAAGAGAAUGGUAACUAUCCAAGGCUAACUCAAGAGCUGAAUGACAAUAACUACCUUGCCCCCCUGCCGAACACCCACAGGCAGCUACAGCAGCCACUGCCUCGUAUCAAUGUUCAACAUGUUGAUGCUCCUCCGAGGGUCCCGCUGCCUCCAUUGAUGCCUAAUGUGCAGCUGCGACGGCUAGAGCAACACCAGCUGCAGUUGCGGCACAUUCGGCAACGCCAGGAACAGGAACGGCUGCAACGGCUGUGUCUGGAGGAAGAAAGGCAGCGGAAGGAGCAGCAAAGGGCACUGGAGAGGCAACGUCGAGAGCUGCUUCAGUUGCAGCUGCAACAGCAGAAGCAGGAACACCGACUCCGCCGACAGCUCCUACAACGGCAGCUUGAGAUGGAGCAGCAACAGAGACUCAAACAGCAGUCACAGGUGAAAGGGCAACCAUGUCUCCUGUCACCCUCAUCUGGACUCUGCACCAUCUAUGAGGCCAUGGAGACCAGCGAGGAAGAAGAGGAGGAUGCAGAGAACCAAUCCAUCGUCAACCAAGGUUCCCCCAACCAGAUAGGCCAUUCAAUCCCGACAGACCUACCGCUUAGAAUGGCCAAUGGAAACCUUCGCCGACCGCCUCCGCAGGAGCUAGACUGGAACACAAAACUGGACAUGGUCCAGCAGCUGAUUAACCAGGCUCUGCUUCUGGCCGGGGAGGAUGGCUGUCCUCCGCUCCUGUACCUACCUGGGCAGGGAGGGGGCAUCCUCAGCCCCCUAGAGAGCAGCCUGUGGCCACACAUCAUGUCCCACUUCGACUGCUCCACCGCAACAGUGGCCUCUGUCAGUAGUUACUCCUCCAGCAGCCAGGCCAGUUCCCCACAGGGCGACUGGACUGUGGUGGAACUGGAGACACAUCAUUGAGUGUCUGAGCACCAUUAAACCCAGCAUGUGCACUAAUAAUACAAUAUCAAUCCUCUAUCCCAAACUAUUAUUGAAACACUAAAAUAUCCAAAAGCCGACCCUGCAUUUUACCAAUGUAUCCCAUAAGCCUUUUAAUAGGACUUCAUGUGUACUCAUCCAUUCAGAAUGCAGUCAUUUUGAGUCUUCAAUAUGCAAACACCUUCCUGAGAGUUUUUGGGUUUCAUUGUAGUAUAAACUCUUACCUAUAAUUUCUCUUCCUCAAACAUAUUUAAACAUUUAAAAUAUACACACACAUAUUUGUGGAUUGAUAGUAUUUUAUUCAUUACUUUCUGUAGAAUUCUGACAACUUAGUCAACAUGAAAACAAUAUUUACUUUGUUCUUAGUCAUAUUGUAAAUGAUUGUGAAAGAGAAAAUGUUGAUUUAAUCCUUCAUCAAAAUGUAAGAAUCUGCUACACAUUUGAAAUCACUUUUGUUUUGAGCUGAUGUGGGUUAUUAGUUAAUUAGUUUAACAACAGCCAAAUAUCUAAUUAGGCUAAUAUCUAAUAUUGUUUUAGGUCAGUGUUUCCUAACAGUAUACAUUUUGGACGUCUGCCUUAUCUGACCCAUCCAUUUCAAGUCUUGCAGUUUUUGCUGAGUUGAAUCAGGUGUGCUUGAUUAGGAAGAGUUUGAAAAUGUUUAGUGUUGGGGAGCCUCAAAGAACAGGGUUGAAAAUGGUUUUGAUCAAAUAUUGUAAGUAAUAUUGCCUUUCAUAACAUAGUAACUUAACAGAGGUUAUUGGUUUCAACAAGGGAGUAGUUCCUCAUGAUUGACUCUAUACUCACAUUCAGGUCUGGCUCCAGUUUGGUAUGAAAUGGACACUUUUCUCAAUCUAAUCAAUUAUGUUGAUUUUAACUAUUGAUUGAAGGCCCGACAGGUUACCCUCACAGCCUACUGAAGUUCUUAUUGCCAAACAACUUUUUAAUCUAACUUUUUUGGUCCUGGAUAACCUAUAUGACUGCAUUUGCCAAAUGGUCAUAUUAGCCGGGUUUCCAUCCAAAGUUGCGAAUUUAACUAAUGCGCAAAAUUGGAAUA